AUACCUAGGUACCAUCUAGCGGGUCAUUAUGCUCAACUUGCUAUCCGAAAAUUAACAAAGGAGUUGUGCCGGACAUUUCGAUCGUUAAUGGAUGGAAAUUAGAAGAUCCUCCCGAGGAACUGCGCGAUCUCACGAUCCUGGAGGAAAGAAUGGUCGCGCCAAGAAUUCCAUUCAUGCAAAUAAGGACUUUGGGUUGGGAUCGUAGCAAAUUUCUAAAAGGACAUGUCGUCAACGUUCCGACCGACAUAGAAAAAAUGGUGAACGUACUACCCAGACGGCCGGAAGAAAUGGAUAUAAUCCAGAUCAAUUUAAAGAGGAGAGAAAGAAAUGGUCCGUAUUUGACGGAUAUCGUGCGACCUUCACGAAUAAAACAGGCCUUAAAUUAUUUAAUAAAAACUCCUCAAUACAUUAAGGAGGGAAUAAAAAUUGACUGGGCAAAGUUACAUGCGCCGGACGUCGACGAUUCCGUUCCUUUUUUUGUCGACGUUAACGACGAACGUCGUUUAAGUUGCAGCGGGAACGUGGCCGAAAACGAAGCGAACGAUGAAAACGAGGAGCAAGAGACGGAAGUUCACACGAUGCUGUAUAACAACAACGCCGCAUCUACGGUGGCGGAGGCGACGGCUACAUUUAUCGCGGGCGAGGGCAAUAAGCCAUUGUCCUUCAUUAAAGACAAAUUUGUAGAGGAGUUAUCCUUCCCGACGAUCUAUCAUGGGCGUCCUCGGCCGUCACCGACCAAUCGAAACAAUUUAAGAAAAGCGUCCUUUUCUUCAAUUAUAAAAUUUGAGUUGUUGUAUUAUAAAAGACAUUGUCGCCGACCGGACAAACUCUUUUUCGACUUCAAGUUGAAACAAACACUGGAGAUGUUCGACAGCAUCAGCUUGUGCGUUCGACAAAAGCGCAUCGGAAAUAGUUCGAUUCAUGUGAGGGAUCUGUUGGACGCAACCGCCGUUAGAGAACUGGUGAAGGUAGACAACGCGUUCUCCUUCAUGAAGAACAUGAGGAGUUCGCCGGCGUUUUGGCACGAGGAGCGGCAAAAAUUAUUCGCAAUGAUUCGCCAACUGGGUGUUCCAACCUUUUUUAUUACGUUGUCGUCGGCGGACGGGAAGUGGGUCGAACUCAUUUCCAUUCUCGGAAAGAUACUCUACGGCAAGAACUACAGCGACGAAGACGUAUUCAACAUGAGUUCCGCGAAUAAAAUGAAAUUGGUACGCGAAGACCCCGUUACAGUGGUGAGGUACUUUGAUAAUAGGGUUAGAUUAAUGUUCUCCCUGAUGCGGCAAAAAGGCGCGGCAAAUCGGAUCUUUCCCGAUCAUGAAGUUAUCCACCACUAUUAUCGAGUAGAAUUUCAACACAGGGGUGCCCCUCACUUACACUCCGUCGUGUACUUGAAAAACGCGCCCUUAUUCGACGGGACGAAUACAACAGAAUGCGAAACAUUUAUCGACAAAUUUGUCAGCGCAUCGAGGUCGAACGUGCAUAUAUCUGAUUUAAUCAAAUACCAAGUGCACACACACACUCCUAUUCGUGCGGCAAAAUUCAACAACGGCAACAGCAGCAAGAGAAGGCGCGUUGUAGAUAUGGAAUUCCCUUUUUUCCCCAUAAGAGGCACCAGAAUCCUGGGACCGAUCGUGUCGAGGGAGGACAACGACGUCGACGACGAUUCGGCGAUAAAUAGGGAGCAAGCGAAGCGGGACCUCAAGAUCGUUCGGGAAUAUCUCGACGGUAGAAGUGCGGCGACCGAAGAGGACGACGUUUCCUUCGACGAUCUACUUUUUAAGCUGUCCCUGUCGGAAAGACGAUAUAUUGAUGCAAUACGAUCGGACCUUACCAAAUAUAAGGUUUUUUUAAAGCGGGACGUUGUCGAUUCGUUCGUGAAUCCUUAUAAUCCGAACAUUUUGGAAUUGCACAAGGCCAACAUGGAUAUCCAAUUCAUCGUGGAUCCUUACAAUUGUGUCUCGUAUAUCGUAAAUUACAUCAACAAAUCGGACAGGGGCUUAUCCAAGUUGAUGGUCGAGGCGCAGGCCCAUAUAAGAAAUGGAGACCUAAACACGAAAGAAAAACUCCGUCGAUUGGGAAACGUUUUCCUCGGCAGCUGCGAGGUUUCCGCGCAAGAAGCCGCAUAUCACACCGUCGGGCUGCGAUUAACGAAUUGUAGCGUCGGCCACGUGUUCGUGAACACAUUUCCUCCCGAGCAGCGCGUAAAAAUGGCCAAGUCGAAAGCGCAUCUUCGCUCCAUGGACGGUGCGUGCGGAGACGUGUUCGUCAAGGGCAUGUUGGAGCACUACGUCCAAAGGCCGGACGUCUUGGAGGAACUCACUCUAGCCCGUUUCGCAACUGAAUACUCUUAUUUCAAUUUCACGCGAAACAAAACCAAUCCGCCAGCGGACGCACACGUUCUGAAGGACAAAAGCGGCUAUGUACGCAAGUUAAGUAACGACACAAGAAAAAUAUUGAGAUUCAGGGGAUAUCGCUUUCUGUCCGAUCCCGACAAUUUUCAUCGGGAGAAUCUAAUGUUAUUUGUGCCUUGGCGAAACGAAGAACGCGAUUUGCUGCACACCUCCGAACGUUUAAAAGGCGAUUAUGUUCGUAACGCCGAACGCAUCAAGAUAGAACGUCCGAUUUUCGUCAGCGCGGAACAGGACGAUUACGAACGUUUGGCGGAAGACGUUCGUAAACGUCAAUCGUCGGAUGUCGAACGUGCGGACGUGGAGGAGGAGUUGCCACAAGACGCCGUGUAUUACGGAGGGGAUGCGGUCCCAGACGACCACGACCCACUGGAGGGACUCUCCGAUUACACUGCCGCUGACCAACAAAGUGGAGCUGAAACUUGCCGCAACGAACGCCGGCGUAGACGUUCAUUUCAAAAAGCCGAACGCUUUCGACAAACAUAAACUUUACGACUUGUCAAGUUCGCUGAACCGCAAGUAACACCUGCUGUUGAGUCAGUUUAUCCAGGCGGUGAGUUCCGAGGGCGACGGUUUCUACGCGUUUGUUGCGGGAGGAGCAGGUGUUGGUAAAAGCUACCUCAUCAAAACUUUGGAAAUGGCUGCCAUUAAUCAAACAAUGCGAAGCCGACGUAGAAUUACGGCCUGCGGCGGCGCCACGGACAAACGAUUCGUGUUGGUUUGCGCUCCUACCGGAAAAGCGGCGUACAAUAUCUACGGCUCCACACUGCACAGUACUUUACAUCUGCCCGUUAACCAGUUGGUUGGACCGCUGGUACCGUUGAGCGCCAACGUGCUCAAUACUGUGCAGUGUGAGUUGCGGCAUGUCAAACUUAAUCAUCGACGAAAUUUCUAUGGUCGGAGGAAAAAUGUUGAAUAACAUCGGAUGAAUACAACAAAUCUUCGGCAACGACAGAGAUUUUGGAGGAGUGUCAGUAGUUGCGUUCGGCGAUCUGCGCCAGCUGCCUCCGGUCGGGGACGGCUAUCUUUUUCACACGCCGACAUAGUCGACAAUUUUCUGUGGCGUCGUUUUAAGUAUGUGUGUUACGAGUCAUCCGAAUGAGGGUAACUGAUGUGUUAUCCGUUUUAACAAACGUCAAUUAAUGAAUCGUCUAGAUAUCCCAAAAAAGGCAAACUUAUUCUUAUUUGUGGACGUAUAGCAAAUAAUGAAGAGGAUUUAAAG